AUGCGAAAUGUGGCUUUCUUUGCGACUCGCAAAAGGGUUUUGUGGAAAGACUUAAUCAGAUGUCCAUUCAGGCUUGCUGGCACACCGCCUAACGCCUACCCCUACUAUCACGGGUCUAAUUGGGAGAUUGCCCCAAAGAUCCAAUGUCGUGGAGCGAAAUCACGGGCAACCAUUUCCCUCAACGAUCUUCCACAAAAUACGUUUGCAGCCAAGCACAGCAUCUCAGAGACCGAGGAUGUCGGUCCAGCAUAUCCCACGGUGGUACAGCAGGCAUGGGACAAUAUGCGGAAGUUCGACAAGUGCGUACUGUUGACAAGGGUGGGAGGUUUCUACGAGCUUUACUUUGAGCACGCGGAAAAAUAUGGACCUCUUCUCAACAUCAAAGUGGCCCAAAAGAAGACUGCCGCUGGGUCUGUGCCCAUGGCAGGCUUCCCUUUCUACCAGUUGGACCGGUUCCUCAAAAUCCUCGUGCAGGAUCUGAACGAGUUUGUGGCCAUUAGUGAGGAAUUUGCGAACGAUGCUUCGGGCACUGUCAAGUCUGGGCUGUUGUUUGACCGGAAAGUUACUAGGACGAUCACGCCAGGCACUUUGAUUGACGAGAAAUUUAUGGAUCCAUACGAGAACAAUUUCCUGCUGGCCCUUCACCCACCUGGACCCGGCGAGUCGCCCUAUCCCUCGGAGAUCGAGAAGAUCCCAGCAGAGCUCGCGCAGGGCUCAGUACCGCCGUCACUGAUAUCGACAUCAAUCGGGCUGGCUUGGUUGGAUCUGUCAACAGGAGCUUUUUCCACGCAAAUAACCACCAUCGGAUCGCUGGCUUCCGCCGCUGCGCGGAUAGGGCCAAGGGAGAUCGUGCUAGAUGAUGAUCUUGGAGAUGGCAUGAAGCAGAGCAUAAUGGGCAUACUUGAGCAGCAACGUCAUCUUGUGACUUACCACUCAGCUUCAACACAAGCCCUUUCUAUGUCCUCUUGGACUCCAAUGUUGGAAACAGAAGUGCCCACGGAAUUGCAGCCUACAUUCACGAACGAGGAGGUCGCUGCAGGAAGCUUGCUUCUGGCAUAUGUGAAGGACAAACUUCAGGGUUCAGGGAUCAAAUUACAGCCACCAAUCCGAAGACAAGACGGGGAGACCAUGAGUAUUGACAAGAACAGUAUGAGAGCCCUGGAAAUUCUGGAGACGUCAAAGGGCGGUGUAGGCGGCGGCAAAGGCAGUCUACUGCAUACAGUGCGUCGUACCGUCACUAAAAGCGGUACAAGGCUGCUCAGAAACUGGAUUGCUUCUCCUUCUAUGUCUCUGCAGGUCAUCAAUGCAAGACUGGAUAUUGUAGCACUAUUCUUACGGGAUCGAGCUCUCGGAGAAGAUGUCACUAGUCUCCUUCGUCACAGCUACGAUUCUGAGCGUCUCGUGCAAAAAUUCUCUUUGGGCCGAGGAGAUGCCGAUGACCUGAUCAGUCUGCUUAGGACCAUCGAAGCGACGAGCGGGAUAGCGAGUCUACUGGAGACACGUUAUACCUUCUCUGAAGCCGAUUUCGAAACAGAUUCCCCUGACCGAAAGUAUCGUCAGUCUUUGCAGAACCUAAGCCGCCGACUUUGGCUUGAGGAACCAAAAGCACUCGCUGCUCGAAUUGCCUACGCCAUCGACGAAGACGGCCUCACGGAGAGCCACCGCAUCGAGGAAACCGAGAAUGCAGAUAUCGUCUUAAUGGCGCAGGAAGUUCUGCAAAAGGAAGGUUCUCCAGAGGACCAAGCUGCCAUGACCCGCCUUUCGCGCUCCAAGAUAAAGCAGAGACCUUCCGCCGACCAGGAAGGGGAGGAAGUGGAUACCUGGAUUCUGAGGAAAAACGCGAGUCCUAUGCUGGGGAGCCUGCAUGAAGCGCUAGAUGGUUUACGUCAAAACAAAGCAUUCUUGACAUCUCGCUUGAGAGGAGACCUGGAUGCACCAAGUCUAACAUUGAAGUGUACUCCGGGACAAGGGCAUUAUUGUCACGUCAAAGGGACUAAAGAUAUUGCCGCGUCCUUAAAGAAGUAUGUCGCCGCUCGAAACGUCAAAACGACCAAGUCAACGCGUUCCUUCCACCAGUCUGAGUGGAGCAGUCUUGGAAGCAAGAUAGAUCAAGCAAAGCUACGUAUCAAAGCUGAAGAGCAGCGUGUAUUCCAACUCCUACGUGAACAAGUCGUCGUGAACUUAGUCAAGUUACGACGGAAUGCUGCGGUACUCGACGAGCUUGAUAUCGGCUGCUCAUUCGCAACUCUAGCAAAAGAGCAAGGGUUUGUUAGACCUAUGCUGAACUCGGGCUUGGACCACAAGAUCGUUGGUGGGCGGCAUCCGACGGUAAAGCUCGGUUUGGAAGAGCAGGGAAGAGCCUUCGUCAGCAAUGACUGUUCGAUCGGCGUAGACGAACGUAUUUGGCUCAUCACGGGCCCAAAUAUGGCUGGCAAGAGCACAUUCCUACGCCAAAACGCUCUAAUAUCUGUAUUGGCUCAGGUCGGAUCCUUCGUUCCCGCCGAAUAUGCAGAGAUAGGCUUGGUCGACCAAAUAUUUACGAGAGUGGGUUCCGCAGAUGACCUGUUCCGAGACCAGUCCACAUUCAUGGUGGAAAUGAUGGAGACUGCUGCGAUUCUUAAUCAAGCUACGGCCCAGUCUUUUGUGAUAAUGGACGAAAUCGGACGUGGCACGACACCGGAGGAUGGGAUUGCAGUGGGCUUCGCAUGCUUGCAUCACCUGUACUACAAGAAUCUCUGCCGGACGCUUUUCGCUACGCAUUUCCACGCUUUAGCAGACAUGACAAAAGAUUUUGAGCACCUGGCAUGCUAUUGCACGGAUGUGGUAGAGCGACCUGGAGGAUCGUUUUCAUUUGUUCACCGUCUUCGGAAGGGCGUCAAUAGGAGCUCCCACGCUUUGAAAGUGGCACGCCUUGCAGGAAUUCCAGAAGCAGCAAUCGAGACCGCUCGGACUGUUCUGAAAAGUUUUGAUAAGCAGUCUGGCGGUUCUUUUGAAACAUCAUCGCCUCAAGCAGCGACGGCCUGA